UCUGCAAAUUUCACCAAUUGUCAUUGGUGAUGACAGGUGUGGGUAGGGGAAUAAUAAACAUCCUGUCAUCUGACAGUCAUCAGAUCCUGUUUAUCAAAUCAGCCAGACAGACAGCUGUAAUUCUCAUCUCUUUCAAGGACAAGAUUAGUGUGAUACUAAUUGAAUUAAAAGUAGAAGAUGUGGAGAUUUGUUGAAGGAAUAUUGGUAUUGUGUUUUAUAUCUGGUGUGUUUUGUGUUGAGAGAAAUACAUAUGAUGAGCUAAUCAAUACAUGUUUAGAUGGAAAACAUCAUAAAUCCAAACCUGGACCAGAAUCAAGCCUAUUCAGCUUUUGUGCACCUUGGAAAGACAGAUCAUGUUGUACAAAUGAGACGUCAGAAGCUCUUCAUAAAGCAGAUGCCUGGUUAAACUUUGAUUGGAACCACUGUCAGACACUGUCACCAAAAUGUCGAGAACAUUUUAUGCAAGAUUUGUGUUUUUAUGAAUGUUCACCAAAUGUCGGGCCUUGGCUUGUUCCGGUUAAAAUGAAGAUAAGAAAUGAAAAGUUUAUGCAUGCACCGUUAUGUGAAAGGGAUUGUACUAAUUGGUGGAAUGAUUGUAAAGAUGAAAUGACAUGUUUACAAAACUGGGGUAAAGAUUUUAAUUGGACUACAGGAAAAAAUACCUGCCCUGUCGGCAGUCCAUGCAAGAAAUUUUCCGAAAUUUACUCCAAUUCCUCAAACUUUUGUGAAACUGUUUGGAACUUUUCUUGGAAAGUUGUUCCGGAGACAGAGCAAUGCAUGCAUAUGUGGUUCACAGCGAGUGAUGGGAAUCCAAAUGACGAAGUUGCCCAGGCUAAAGCUAAAGAACUAUUAAGUUUAAAUCAUGCAAAUAAUGUUUUCUCAAAAUAUGUCCAUUUUUAUUAUGUGUUUUUAGUUUUGUUUUGCUUUUUUGUUAUCUGAAAGAAUUGAAUUUUUAGGACCAGAUGUUUGUUAUAAGAUGAUCAACAAGACAAGAAUUAAGACAGCUGCCACUGACUGUCAAGCACAAAUACAGGCUUUGUCAGGCACAAAACCGUUUGUGCCCGCCAUUUUGUCCAGCACUUAUUUGUCUUUGUUAAAAAUGUCAUGUACCAGGCCCCGAGUUCACAAAGCAUUCUCUGACUUAAGUUUAGAAUUUAGUCAAAACUGUGAAAAGUUUUGUGUUUAUGGAUCAAAGAUAUUUCACAUCAACAAUGAUUGAAAGUUGAGUAAAUUCUUAACUCUAAAUCUGCGAAUGCUUUGUGAAUGCUUUCCAGGCCUGAUGAUUAAGAGAAUUGAUUUUUAUACGCCACCAUUUUCACGUGGAUGUACAUGUAUAUUGUUGUUGUGUCCGUUCACAACUUUAAUCUGAUUUUGACGAAAUAUAGGUUUAUCUCCAAAAGGUCUUGGUUUUGACGAAAUAUAGGUUUAUCUCUAAAAGGUCUUGGUUCCUUUCGAUAUACAUGUAGUGUUGUAUCGGACUGUAACUUCAUCGAUGUUCACCCAUUUAUUAACAAAAAAACCUUAAAUUUUUAUGUGACAAACUCUUAGCAUUCCAUUAAACAACUAGAAACAUAUCUGUUUAAUGUUUUCCCAAAUCUGUGUUUUAGCAAACAUUAAAAGUCUCUGAUCCAUUGUGAAACUUUAAUCUCUCCAAUAUCACUCCAAAAUUGGUUCUGUUCCACUCUGUAAUUGCAAAAAUAUGAUAAAAUAAAAAUUUGACAAAAUUUGGUCCAAACUAGCCAGCACCAGCCAUUUUCUUGUAGAACUCUGUUGAUGGCCUUCUUUUUAUCCAAUUUGGUGAUGAUUAUCUACCAUGGAUUUUGUUUUUCCAAUUAAAUGUCAAAGAUGCAUUAAUUAAGAGCUAAUGUAUGUAUGUUUAAGCCAUGACAACUUAGAUAUUGUUCGAGAAAAGCAAAUGAGUAUCAGGGACUUGCUUGUAUAAUUUCACUGAUGGAUGGACUAGUUAAUGUGUAUACAAAUUGAAAUUAUUAUAUAGAUUUUCUUAACUUUAUUUUGUUUUUGGUCGAAAUGUAAACCUAUUAGUAGAUGUAGGCAAUAUGAAUGCAUAUUAGUUAAAUUUUCAAUGCAAUACAUAAAUGUAUGAAUUUAUCAGCAUCAUACUUUGAACAACAGCAGUCAGCAAGUUGUUGCAAGGUCCAAGUAUACUAUUUUUUAAUAUUGUUGUUUCUAGUUAUUUCCCUUUGUGAUGUAGUGGAAUUCACACAAUAAAAAAUAUAAUAAUAUUUAAUGUGUAUAUAAUGCAACAUGACAAUAUACAAUAACAUAAAAAGCUGAAUAUAAUAUUUCUCUUCUGUAUUUUGUGAAUAACAAAGCUUUUAAUUAAAUAUAUUAUGUAGGGCUUGAUGUAUAUAAUGAAAUACUAUUGUAUAUUUUAAUGAUUAGAUAACUAAUACGGCACUGAAAACACACAAAAACAUAUAUUAAUAACAUGAAUUGGGGCUUAAAGCUAUAGUUGCAUUUUGUAAAGUCAUAUGUAUAAAAUAGGUUAAAAUAAAUGAAAUAUAUACACAGUCCUACCUAUGUAUAAUCCCAUUAUAGUCCUAUAAUUCCCUAGUGUCAGUUGAAAAAUUGGCAAAUAUAAUUAUGUUUUGACUUUCUUAUAAAAUAUGCAACUAUUGCUUUAACAUCCCACUUUUUUGCACCAACUGAGCUCAUCAAGAGGGGCAUGUUGCUGAGGGAAAUGUUGCCCUUUAUGUCUUCCAAUUCCAGUUGUCAAGGUUUCUCAGGUUUUCAUCCCAUCCGAAUGACUAGAUAUGCUGUUCCUUGCCAGACUCUCCAUCUUGCACCACCACUGAUAAGGGGAAAUCAUGCUGAAAUAUUAUGGGUAACUUUCUCAACCAACAAAGCGAUGGAACCCAAGACCUGCUAGUUGGUGAACCUGACCCUUAUAAACUGGGCCACGAUAUCUACUGUUUUUAUUCAGAUUAUGGGUAGCCACAGCGGCUAAGUGGGUAAGAUGCUGGCUAGCUGGCUGAGAAAGUUCAUAAUGAGUUCCCGGCAUGGUUUCCCCUUGUCAGUGGUGAAGGACGGAGGGCCCUGAGAAGGACAGCUGUCUAUUAGUUCAGAUGGCACGAAAAACCAAGGUCCUGUGUACACAUUGGCAUGCACGUAAAAGAUCUCUUGACAGUUGGAAUUCGAUAUAUAAGAGUAGGCCGUAGCACUGCUCUCCAGGAAAAUUUCUCUCAUAACACAGUCUGGCGUAUGCCGGUCUUCCUUAGCCCAGUCAGAGCAGAACAUUAUAACUGUUUUUAUUCCCAUUAUGUGAUUAGUUAUGUAUGAUUGGAUAUAAUGAAAACACAAUUACAGAAAACACAAAACUGCACCAAGAGGUAUUAUAUUAGCAUAUAUAUGUAGUAUUAACAUAUGCAUCCAGUGAUAUUCCAUGGAGAGGGGUUCUAUAGGCUUCUGCCUGUUUAGAAAAAAAAUAUUCCACCAUUUACCUAUACAAGUAGAUGUUGUGUUUGUUAAAUUGUGCCUUAGUCAAAUCUCAGUGCAAACAGAAUUAAUGUUUCUAUAAUAAUAUAUUUUAGAAAACUGUCCAAUAACAUAUAAUGUUAAAUAAUUAUUAAUUCAUGCCCUGUGUGAAACAUCUAGUCUAUCAUAAAUACAUACAGUAAUAAUUAUGGCUUGAAAUUUGUAUGUUAUUAUUUAUGAUGUAGAAAUCUAUUGUUGAUAACUCCAGCAAAACACACUGUCUAUUAAACCGUGCCUUGUGUGAAACAUCUAGUCUAUCAUAAAUACAUACAGUAAUAAUUAUGAGUUGAAAUUUGUAUGUUAUUAUUUAUGAUGUUGAAAUCUAUUGUUGAUAACUCCAACAAAUCACACUAUUUCGACUUAACAGGUAAAGACCGAAUUAUUGGAGGAGCAAAAAAUUAUGAGGAUUAAUUUAAAAUCCAGUUCCAUCGAUCCCUCUAUGUAUUCAAAAUUAAUUACCAAAGUAACGUUUGACACAAAUUUUGAACAAAGAUUUAAUUUUGUUUUGACGUCAACAAAUUGCUUUAAGCCUUCAACUUAAUAAAAACUCAUGCAAUUACUCAAGCCUCAAUUCACAACAAAAUAUAUCAGGAUAGUAAGAACGAUAAAUAAUUUUGUAAUUCGUCAACCGGAUCUCAGCUAUGUUUUUGGUUUUUUUUAAUAAGGUAGCCUUUGGGGUUUGAAUUUAUAUUAAAUUUUAUAUUGUUCAAAAUUUUUCGAUAUAUUUUCAAGGGUUGUAAAAAAUCAUAUAUUUUUAUUGUAUUUUAUAAAUGGUACCUGUAUAAAACUAUGAUUAUUGUCACGCUUCUAUAUAUGUACAAAAUGUUUUGUUACUGUUUCGAUUAUGUGUUGUUUAUGUUUUGAAUGUAUUUUUAAUAUCACGCAAAAGCAAUGCUUUAAAUCUAACAAUAUGUAAUUGUUAUGUAAUUUUAAAUCUAUAUAAUAUUAUGGACAUGAUGAUUAUGAUUUAUACAAAACAAUUUUAAACCAAUUUGACACAAGGUUUGGACAAAGAUGUUCGAUAUUAUUAGGUAUAUAGAUUGUACAAUAUUUUAGCUGUAUAUAAAAACUGAUUACAAUGUAUUUGAUAUUAUUACAUGAAAUUUACUCUAAAUUUGAUUUAUAAAAUGAUAUUCUUAUACAGAUAUUUAAUGUUGCUGCGUAUUGAUCGCUAUUACAUAGAAAUUUAAAAUGAUCGCCAUCACAUAGAAAUUUAAAAUGAU